AUGGCCAGCACGGAAGCCCCGACGCCUGCGCAGGCACCUGUCUGCUCGAUCGUGAAAGAAGCGCCUGCUCCUGCUGACUCGAAGCCUGUGGAGCCACCUGUUUGCUCGAUCGUCAAGGAAGCGCCGGCUCCUGCCACCGGCUCGACGCCGAAGAAGAAGAUCUGCUGUGCUUGCCCUGACACCAAGAGGCUGAGGGACGAGUGCAUCGUAGAGUACGGAGAAUCCGCGUGCACCAAGUGGAUCGAAGCUCACAAGAUAUGCCUCCGGGCUGAGGGGUUCAAGGUCUGAUUCUUCACUAGCCAGGCUGACGAUGUUACUUUCAUGGAUGUUACAGUACAUGUGAUUUAGGUUGAGAUGCAGUUAUGCCGCUGGGAUUCAUAGACUAGUAAACCUGUUUUUGCAAUGUCUGAAUGGUUAGCGAGUUUGAUGCUGAUUUUCAUGGGAAAUAAAUUGCUGAUGAGCGUGACUUUAUGGUUAA